GUUUAGGAAAAAUGUUUUGGGGAAAAGAACAUACGUGAUUGGGGGGCGUGGGGUAAAAGACAUUAAAUACAAGUCAAAUUCAGCAUUCUCUGAGGAUCACUCAGUCUGAGAAACACCAUACUGCUGAAGGAGUGCUUUAUUCAAGGACUUGUGGGACAACAUCUGGGAUCUGGGUAGAAAGCAAACAAUAAGGAUUACGAGCAGAAGCACUUCAGCAAUGAUAUGGCCGCUGUAACAAAGAAAAACAAGCGGGAUGGAACAGAAGUCACAGAGAGACUUAUUACAGAAACUGUUACCACCAGACUGACAUCUCUUCCCCCAAAGGGAGGCAGUACCAGCAGCCUCAAAUCAACAGCCUAUAGUGGAGGAGGUGGAGUGGAGAAAAGGACAUACACCCACGGCAGCAGUUAUGUGACAGCCAGUGGAAAUGCUAGAACGAAUACCUCCUCUUCCUCCUACAAGCAAGCCAUCACUCCUUCUUCUACUCUUACCAAAUCACCAGGCUCAACCUUUGAACGAAAAACCUAUUCCACUCGCCAUGCAGCAUAUGAAGGGAGCUCCAGUGCAAAUUCCUCUCCAGAGUUUCCAAGAAAAGAUUUUGGUUCCUCUGCUACCAGGGGGCGAAGCCAAACUCGUGAGAGUGAAAUUCGAGUGAGGCUGCAGAGUGCUUCUCCAUCAACCAGGUGGACAGAAUUGGACGAUGUCAAACGACUACUUCGGGGAAGUCGGUCAGCUAGUGCUAGCCCAACUCGGUCCCCAUCAAGCACACUCCCGAUACCUAAAAAAGCUGUUGUGGAAACCAAAAUGGUGACAGAGAGCAGCCAAUCAGUGUCAGGGACAUACGACACGACCAUCUUGAAUGCGGCACUCCCACCAUACAUGUGGUCCUCCACCCUGCCUGCAGGGUCGUCUCUCGGUGGCUACCACAACAACAUGACUCAAAGCUCCUCUUUGAUGAACACGGCAGCACAUUCUACUGGAUCAGUGUUUGGCGUCCCAAACAACUUGGCUCCCAGUUCCCCAGCUCUGCAUGCUGGUCUCAGCAGUUCUUCCACAGUAUUUGGUGUUCAGAACAACCUGGCUCCAAGCACGCUUGGUGUUGCCAAUACUGCAACCACAACUGCAGCAACAGCAUAUGGAGCAAAGAAGAAUACAACCCAGAGCUAUGGCGUGACUAGCACUGGUGUGUCCACCUCAUCUACAACUGCUGCCACUACCACAGGCUCUCAGAAUGAUGACAUCCUGCGCAAGGACUGCAAGUUCCUGCUCCUAGAGAAAGAGAACGUGGCUCCCAAGAAAGAUGUGGAGCUGCUGAUUAUGACCAAGGACAGUGGAAAAGUUUUCAGUGCUUCCGGCACUGGGCUCAGUGGAGGCUGUUAUUCAGAAGACACCCUAAAGAAAGACAAGCAAGCUUUCUCUUCCUCUUAUGCCGGAGAUUCCUAUCUGAAAUCAGAAACAAAUGGAGGACUAAGAUCUAUUUCAACAAAGGACAAAGCUACUUAUGCAGAAAUCCGAGGUGAUGAUGGAUGUGGUGGAGCAGGAGCUGCUCCAGCCUGGUGCCCCUGUGCCUCCUGUUGCAGCUGGUGGAAGUGGCUCUUAGGCUUGCUGCUAGCCUGGCUGCUUCUCCUUGGUCUACUCUUUGGGCUUAUUGCUCUGGCGGAAGAAGUGAAGAAGCUGAGAUCCCGGGUGGAUAUCCUUGAAUCCCAAGCCAGCCGCUGGCAGGUUCAACCCAACACAGUUGAAAACGUACAUGCUGUACAUUCUGAGAGAUAUAAAGCAGUACAGGGGGAUAUUAAUGACGAUCAGUUGUGGUUUUUAAUGAAGAAGAGGCUGGAUGUGGAGCGAAGCAAAGGUUAUUUCCAAGGAGAACCAGGACAGAAAGGCGAUAUGGGCACCCCAGGUAUUCCUGGCAUCCCUGGGCGUGAAGGGCCAAAAGGACAGAAAGGCAGCAUGGGUGAAACCGGCAUGGAGGGUCCCAUGGGACAAAGAGGGCGAGAGGGACCUCCUGGACCUCGUGGAGAGCCUGGUGCACCUGGAUUUGGACAGAAAGGUGACAGAGGUACUCCUGGCGAACCAGGACCUCAAGGUCCCCCCGGUGCUCCAGGUUCUGUUGGUCUCAAAGGUAUGAUGGGUUCACCAGGUCCCCAUGGUCCUCCUGGUCCUCCUGGGCUUCAAGGAUUUAGAGGUGAAGCUGGUCUCCCAGGUGGUAAAGGUGAAAGAGGAACCCCAGGAGCACCUGGAACCAAAGGAGAUCAAGGGGAAAAAGGACCCCGUGGUCUUACAGGUGAACCAGGUUCCCGAGGACUACCUGGGCCUCCAGGUGAAGCAGGAGCUAAAGGAUCAGUAGGUCCGCCAGGACCAGAUGGACGGCAAGGCUCCAGAGGAGAGCAAGGUCUUAUGGGAUUGCCAGGCCCACGAGGCCCACCAGGACCUCCUGGAGAUGCAGGGCAACCAGGUCUCACAGGACUUCAAGGACCACCAGGACUCACAGGCAAUCCAGGCCGACCAGGAGCUAAAGGUGAACCAGGCGCACCAGGCCGGGUUACUACUUCAGAUGGUGCAUCAACUAUUUCUGUCCCAGGACCUCCAGGUCCACCAGGGGCUGUUGGUCCUCAAGGCCCACCAGGUGUUCCAGGUCCUAUUGGCCCAGCUGGACUCCCUGGAUCUCAAGGUCCUCGUGGUGAGAAAGGUGACCCAGGUGAAGCCACCAUUGUGGAAACUGUCCGUUCGGGAGUUGGUGCUUCAGCUGCUCAAGUGGUACCAGAGAUGCAAGGACCGCCAGGACCCCCUGGACCGCCAGGACCUCCAGGCGCUUUUGUUCAAGGCCCACCAGGACCUCGUGGCAUACCAGGUGAACCAGGUCAGCCAGGUCUACCAGGAGCCUCUGUGUCAGGUGCUGGAGUUGCCAUCCAAGGACCACCUGGAUUACCAGGACCACCUGGGCCCAAAGGAGAGAAAGGUGAUGCAGGUGUACCAGGAGCUCCAGGCAUCCCUGGAGGAGCUGGAUCAAGAGCAUCUCAGGGUCUUCCAGGUCCCCCAGGUCCUCCUGGACCUCCAGGCCUAGGAAUCAGUGGAAUCAGUUCGGCCCGAGACAUUCAGCUGAUGAUCGCUGACUACCUGCAAAGUGACAGUGCAUCCUAUCUGGUUGGACCUCCUGGUCCUCCAGGACCACCAGGAAUGAUUACCGCCAUUGGUGAGGAAUCCUUGGACUACACUGAAUUGGCCCGCCGUGUCGUGAGCUAUAUGUCUGGAGUGGAUGUUCGCCAGUAUUUCAUUGGACCCCAAGGUCCCCCAGGACCCCCUGGCCCCCCUGGACUGGGAGGAGACAGCUUAUCUGUGUCCCUGGACUAUGAUGAAUUGACAAGACGGGUUGUCAGCUAUAUAACAAACUCAGAAUUUGAUCGCUUUGUAGGGCCACCUGGGCCACCAGGCCCACCAGGCAGUGCGCUUUCCUCCAUCACUGCAGAGGACAUCUCCACCUACUUACAAAGUUUGGGAUACUUCACACUUUCUGGACCACCUGGACCACCUGGUCCGCCAGGCCCUCCAGGACCACCUGGCUUGUCAGGAAGUGGCCUUGUUUCCUAUGGUGAUGAUCUUUGGACUGACCAGUUCAGAAGUGACUUGAUCAAGUACCUUACUAGUGACGAUGUUCGUGGCAUCAUCAGAGGACCCCCCGGGCCUCCAGGACCACCUGGUAUAGGAGGAGAUGGCAGCUUGAUGGCUGAAUCUUACAGAAGGUCUCUAAAUUCAGAUGGGUCAUAUGGCAGGUCCGUAAGUUCUGCCACAUCCUAUGAUGCAUCACUUGCCACAGGGGGAUCAUACAGCAGCUCAUUGGGAAGCAAUGGAGCAUAUGGUGGAUCACGUGGAGCUGAUGGAUCAUACGGUGGAUCUCUUGGAGCUGAUGGCUCUUAUGGUGGAUCUCUUGGAGCUGAUGGUUCUUAUGGUGGAGCGCUUGGAGCAGAUGGAUCUUAUGGUGCUGGAGCAGGUGGAUCUUAUGGUGCUGGAGCAGGUGGAUCUUAUGGUGCUGGAGCAGGUGGAUCUUACGGUAGUUCAACUGGAGCAGGCGGAUCACAGAUGAGAUCUACAGGUGCAGGAGGAUCCUAUAGUGGAUCAUUUGCUGGGUCACUGGAUUACAAUGAGUUGGCAGCCAGAGUGUCAGAAAACAUACAAAGCCGAGGGCUUCUGCAGGACAUGAUGACUUACGCUGUGCAAGGACCACCUGGGCCUCCAGGGCCUCCUGGCAUUCCAGGCAUCAGCAAAGUGUUUGCAUCCUAUGGCAAUAUCACUGCGGACCUCAUGGAAUUCUUCAGAACUUAUGGAACUAUCCCAGGUGCACCUGGACAGAAAGGAGAGAUAGGAUUCCCAGGACCCAAAGGUGACAUAGGACCAAUGGGCCCCCCAGGCCGCCAAGGCCCAAGAGGACCAAGGGGUGAAAAGGGCGAGAAAGGUGAAGCAGUGUACGUUGGCCGAAGGAAAAGGAGAAGCAUUGGCGUCUAAUCUAAGAACACAAAUUUGAGCAAAAGAUUCCUCAAUUGCUUAUGAUUGCUUUUUUAUCUCAGUGGAGACAAAAUCCCAGUUUCCAGUGACUUCCAGCAAGUGAUGACUAACACUUGGUACUUUGGGAAUGGUUUUCAUAACAUUUUAUCUUAUUUCUAAGAUAUGGGUGGCUUCCAGUAGUACAUAUUGAACUAAUGGCUCAUUUGCUUGUUGUCCCAUAUGAAUUGGCUGGAACAGAGUAUAGCCCUCAUCUAAACCCGAGGAUUUUAUAACAGCAUAGCCUCAAAAGUUGUAACUUACUCCCCAGGAAACUCACACUUCAGUUUCUCUGGAUGAAGAUUAGCAUGAGAAAUCUUCAACAGAAACUCAACCAAAGUUGAAAGGAUUGGAGUCAGAGGUUAUGUAUCUUCCUUUGAAGUAGGAGAAAGCGUAUCCAAAAUUAUCAAGAAUAUGGAUUUAAGAGUAAAGGCUAUGCCAGUUGUGAUAAUACUCAACUAUAUGCUAGCAGGAUGCAUAACCAUAGGCUACAUUUUAUUAUUAUUAAAUCCACUUAAUCUGUUAUAAAAUGCAUUGCAAAAAUGUGAAGGACCUUGGGGCUGUUAGUAUAUAAGCACUUUGUUGGAAACAAUUUUUAAAAUGUCUGCUGUGGUUUUAAUUACUAUAAAAGUGCCUUUUUAAUAUAAAGCUUCCUGAUUAGAGUUUGUUUACACUCUAGCCUCACUUCAGCAGAAACCAGACACUGAAGUAUUAUGAUAGACAAAGUCAGGGAAGCUUAUGCAUAUAAGUACAGCAGCCUGCCCACCUUCAAAAGUGAGCAGCUUUAUCUAUGACCAUUUCUUCCUCUACUGCCUGCUUGCAGUGAGCAUCUCCUAAGCCAUCUGUUGUUUUUAAGGUGUGGCAAUCCCUAUUAGCAUAGAAUGAUGUGCAGCAAGGGGAAUUUAGGCAACAUGCCUGAGUCUGUGCAAAGUCAAUAAAGUUUAUUUUCAUGUGUCCUAAAUCAUAUCAACAUAUCAAGAACCUAAUGUUGUACAGUGUGAAUCCUCUAUCCCGUUAUUAUACAUACAAUCAUGGCAGCAAUAAAGUGAUAGCUAAGUCUGGAGGGACAUGUUUUUGGGCCACAGGAAAUUUAUCAAUGUAAAUCCUGAUGUUGCGACACAUCUCAAGAUGUUACAGAAUUGUAAUUUGUUAAAAACAUUGCUGGAUAUAGGUCAACCUUAAUUCCUCCAUUUGCUUCAAGAUACAAAUUUAGUGUUCCAUAACUGAUAGCAAAAGAUUCAGAAUUUAGCUAAGAGAUCAAGGAAGAUCAAAUUAGAAAAAUUAACACGAGUGCUGGAAAUACACAUUUCCUGGACAGGUUACCUAUUGCCUCCAACCUUAUCAAACAUAUAAGUAGAAAUUGAUAGCUGCAGUUCACCAUCUUGUGAAAUAAAAACCAGUUUUCUACAAUACAAAUAGGUUGAUAGUUGCAUGGCUUCUUGGUGUGACCUAAGACUAGCACUUCCACUAAAUGUGUCCAGUGGGGCUUUGAACUUUUUUCUCCAUGAAUUCCAACAUACUAGGUAGCUAAUCAAAAUUAGUUUGUGACAUGGUACUGAGCUUGGGAGCUGUUUGCUAAGGGACUCAGAAUUACAUACAAGCCCUUAAGUGCACAAAUUAUGUCUGGAUCUGUGACCCUUGACAUGAUGACUUGUGCUCAAGGGAUUCCAAACAGGGUAAGAUGAAUUUCCUGUAACUGGCAUACUGUUUGUCUGGUUUUGCAGCUUUGGAGCAAACAUCCUAUUAAAUAGUAUUUUCAACU